AUGAAUGCGGCAUUUGCCACCAGGUAUAUUCGACAAGCAGUCACCUGCGACGGCACCAAGCAAAGCAUGUAUCGAGAGAGCAUUUCGUUUGCCAGUUCUGCGAACAAAUCUUUGUGCGACGGGACGUUCUUCGUCGUCACUAUCUAUCCUGCAAGCAGAGGGGCAGCAGGGCAACUCCAGCUGAAGGGAAGCGCGGCAGGAAGCGGAAAGCUUGCGAUGGUUGUGUCGAGAGCCGUACCCAGAGAGCAUGACCGGAAACCUAGGGGCAGACAAGAUGGACAGAAAAGAACAGAGGACGCGAGCAUCAAUAAAAUCCCAGUUGAGUUCCUACUCAAUUAUACCGAUCCAGCAAGCAAGACACUGUAUGACGUUCAACGGAUGCUCGCCGGGUGCGAUAAAAGCCUAGGGGAGUACACGUUCUCUGGGGAAUGCCAAAUGCCCAAUUUUGAUGGUUCAACCGAGCAAUGGAUGGGGCUAUUUCAACUCUUUGUUAACACAUCCGUAUUUGACAAGUCCGACCAAGAUCAGUACCUUAUGUAUGGGCUAGCUGACACCAAAGAGCUGAGCAACACGGUCUCGAGAAUUAUAGGGCUGCUGAAGCACAGCCAUGAAUCACAGUUCAACAACGGAGGGCAGGUUGUUAUGGAAGAAGCUGGGCGCUUCUUCUCACCAAGCAAUGUCACUUUGUUUGUCAAUGCCUUCUUUGAACACUCUUACAAAAGCACACGUUUCAUUCAUAAGGCAUCGUUCAACGUUCAUACUAUCUCAUCCCAGCUGCUAUUGGCUAUUGUUCUGAUGGGUGCGACAUGUAUAUCACCGCAGGAUGCAACUACCGCAGCGGUUUACUCCAAUGUAGCUGAGCAUCUCAUUUUCGAUGGACAUGGAUUCGGACGGGUGUUGAAUACAGACAACCCGUCCCUAACGGAGCUGGAUAUGGAAAUCCUCCAGGCAGCAAUGCUGAUACUUGUCAUCCAAGGGUGGAAAGAUGAUAUAACUAUUAAAAGGCGGAUUCGAACUCAGCGGUUUCCGGCUCUGGUUUGCGCUGCACGGGCACUAAGACUGACACAAGUUACCAAUGACGCUAUCACCAACACAGAGUCUCCUGAAUGGGACAAGUAUUUUCAAAAAGAGAGUCUUGUGAGGGCCAUGGCGUGGCUAUACCUUAUGGAUUCACAUUUGGUAGUCUACUAUCGGAACCCGCCUCAGUUCAAAAUUGCUGAAGCUUGCUUUGGCUUGCCACAAGAUGAGGAACUUUACGACUCAAUGGAACCAUCUGCAUGGAUAAAUGCGUCGCGAAACACGACCAAUCACGGGCUGACCCUGACCUUGAAUUCCGUUAUCCAGCGCCUGAUGAACACAGACGGGCGAUUUGAGGAAUUGCUCCCCAAGCCGUGCACGUUAUUUGGUCUGUUUUUAGUUGUCGGGAGUCUGCAUUGUGUACUGUUCGACUUGCAGGCAUUGGGCACCUGUGUCGAUCUAUCUGGACCCCUUGCCUGCGCUGAUGUCGCCUUGGAUCGAUGGAAGCAAAUGUGGGACCUAGCAUAUAUAACACUCAAGCAUGGUGAUAUCAGGCAGUCAGGGUUUAUGGUGCAUGCCCUGGAGCUCUGGUGGCUUGCAAAGAAACUUAUUCAGAAGCCAACGGGGAUAUGUCCAGAAAGUGGGUUCGCAGCGGACUUCAUGAGCACGUUCCACGAGAUGAUCAAGGAAUUAAAGGGCUUUCACCCGAUACAAUGA